AUGAAGCUCAAAAUUGUUUUCCUUGUGACAACUUGUCUUGCUGUUGGUGUUUACGGUGUUCUGCGGAUGCCAAAAUAUUAUAGUAAUCAUAUGGUUCUACAGCGCGCACCUGCUCGCGCCAUCUUGUGGGGAUAUGCUGACGUCAUCGGAGAUACAGUCAUUGUUCUAAGAAAUGGUGUUAAAGUUGAAGAAACAACCGUCCAAAAAAGUGGCAGUAAUGGAAGCAUAGACUGGUUUUCUGCGCUUUGUUCCAUGUUUGCACCUGACCUUCAGAAACAUUUAAACUAUCCAAUAGGAAUAAUUGAGUCAAAUUGGGGCGGUGCUCCGAUUGAGGUGUGGAGUUCCCCGGAUGCAAUCAACGCAUGUCCAACAACAGCUAAACCGAGUCCGAGUAUACAUUAUCCAACAGAUCCUGGUGCGCUCUGGAAUUCUAUGAUACAUCCUUACUUAUCAAUGACAAUAAAAGGCGCUAUCUGGUAUCAGGGAGAAGCAUUUUCGGGACACCCUGACCUCUACGCAUGUCAGUUUCCCGCCAUGAUUAACGACUGGAGGAAAAAGUUCCAUGCUAACUCGGAUGGCGAGACAAGUGAUCAUUUUCCGUUUGGCUUUGUGCAGCUUGCGCCAUACCGUGCCGGUAACACUAUUGGGGGUUUCCCUCCAACAAGAUGGGCACAGACAACAGAUGUUGGAUAUGUACCAAACAUAAAUAUGCCAGACACCUUUAUGGCAGUUGCAAUAGAUCUGCUAGAUUUUAAUUCACCGUCAUGA